AUGAACGUAUCGCUUCCACCGACCCCCCUCUCGCCCAGCGUCGGUGCUCGUCGCAAGGGUGCCAAGCCUCUGCCCCGUCUCCCACUGUCCGCGUUUACGCCCCCCAACACGGGCACGUCGGAUGCGUUUCCCCUCCCCCCCAGUCCAAGCACGCUGUUGCCGAAGGAUCUCAUCGACGCAUAUGUCAUCUCCUCGGAAGGCGAUCUGAGUCAGUGGAAGAAUCAGGCGGGGCCCACUGUCAAUGGUAUCGCGAAAGGCGUCGUAUUGUCUUUAUCGGACAGAAAGUCUGAAGAUGUGGAGAUGGUCCUGGAGCGCAUCCGAUCAGGAGCUUUCGAGGUACCUGUGGUCGCCAUCUUAGUACCCAUCGUAGAUGGAGACGACGACACCCAGUUCAGUCCACCAUCAUAUCUCGUCUCUGCCAAAGGAUCAAAUCCGCCCCUCGUCCCGUCCGUAGUAUUUACUGGAAACGAGUCAAAAGUACGAGAGGCUCUUCAAUGGGCUCUAAGGGAAGAGUUCGUCGUGAACAUCGACGUCCAAACCGACAUCCGGGCGACGGAGGGAGGCUGGGACACUCUCGAAGAACUGCUCACGAGCAUCACAAACAGGGAACAGUCAGCGGAAGUCAAAGGCAAAAUUGUUGUUUCGAACAUCCUGCCCCCUCCGGAUGAUCUUUCAUUGCCCAUUGUGAAGCUGCUUACGCACACAUCAUACCGCAACUAUCAAUCGCACACCGCCGCACUCUCCCUGUUUGGAAACGUGUUCGUGAACUAUCUUCCUCCUGCAUGGGGCGACUCUGUCCCGUCAUCUUCCCCCGAAGGCCAGAAGCAGCGUGCGGAGUGGAAACGUAGGAUCAAGAUGUACAUCAGCCCAGUGCUUGAGGCUUUCGGUUAUCAGCGGAUAGUGUUCGGCUCUUCUCCUUCGUAUGCUGUCAAGGUAUCGUCAAAAGCGAGCGAUUGGUACGAACUUGCUCGUGAAUCGUUCGCCGAACUGGGCAUCGAACAGGAAGGCAUCGACGCAAUCUUCUACGGUAACGCUAAACUCGUCUACGGCUCAUAG